GUGGUGUGUGAUUGCCUGACUGAUACACGCAGUACAGCAGUUCUGUUUGCAUUGCCAGGACCUGCAGGGAGUGGAAGGUGAGGACUGCACAGGGUAGUGCGCCAGAUUGAGAGCCAAGGCUGCCAGCGAGAAGCUGAGCCAAGGACCAGCCAGUGCGCCCUGACAGAAGGGGAGCCUGGGAGGAGGCUUCAGUGCCACUGGCACACAGCCUCUCUCUGGGCUGAGCGCAGUCUGGGGCUGAUCUGAGGCAGUGCCCCAACACCUGGAUCCAUGGAGAACCUUUCCUCCCUCUCAGAGCUCAACUCAUCCUGCGUGGGUGCAGGUGAGGCUGUGGGCUGCCAGGAGAGGUCCCGGGGUGAGCUGAAUGUGUCAGACACUCUUCCCAUCCCCAAAUUCUACAUCGCGGUGCCCAUCAUCUACUCAGUGAUCUGUGCCGUGGGGCUCACAGGGAACACGGCAGUCAUCUAUGUGAUCCUCAAAGCCCCCAAGAUGAAGACAGUGACCAACAUCUUCAUCCUGAACCUGGCCAUCGCUGAUGAGCUCUUCACCCUGGUGCUGCCCAUCAACAUUGCAGACUACCUGCUGCUGCAGUGGCCCUUCGGUGAGUUCAUGUGCAAGCUGAUCAUCUCCAUCGACCAGUACAACACCUUCUCCAGCAUUUACUUCCUGUCCGUCAUGAGCAUCGACCGCUACCUGGUAGUGGUGGCUACCAUCAAGUCCAAGCAGGUGGCCUAUCGCACCUACCGUGCGGCCAAGAUUGUGAGCCUGGGCGUCUGGGCCUUGGUUACACUCAUCAUCUUGCCCUUUGCUGUGUUUGCCAAGAUCCACACAGAGCAGGGCCGCCCGCAGUGCGUCUUUGUGUUCCCGCAGCCAGAGAGCUUGUGGUGGAAGGCUAGCCGCAUUUAUACCCUCCUGCUGGGCUUCACCAUCCCAGUCUCCACCACCUGUGUCCUCUACUCAGCCAUGCUCUUCCGCCUGCGCCGCCUGCACCUGCACAGCCACGCCAAGGCCCUGGACAAGGCCAAGAAGCGAGUGACGCUGAUGGUACUGGUCAUCCUGGCUGUAUGCCUCUUCUGCUGGACCCCCUACCACCUCAGCACUGUGGUGGCACUCACUACUGACAUCCCACAGACGCCGCUGGUCAUUGGCAUCUCCUACUUCAUCACCAGCCUCAGCUAUGCCAACAGCUGCCUCAAUCCCUUUCUCUAUGCCUUCCUGGAUGACAGUUUCCGGAAGAGUUUCCGUAAGCUGCUGGACUGCGGGACAUCCUCGUAGCAUGCCCCAAAUCUGCACCCGCCCGCCAUCACCCCUUCACUCCAUGCCAGUGCUCCCCUGGCAGAUCCUGAACAGCCACCGCUGUACUGCAGGGCUGUGGGCGGGCUGCCAAGCACUGGCCCAGCAGUGACUCCACUCAGACCUGCAGCAUGAGGGAGGCUUUCCCUUCUGCAUGGGGAGGAGUCAACCAGAGUUGGCUAAGGGAAGCAAAGCCCAAAUGCUUUUGCCAUCUGUGCUGCAGGGGAGAGAGAGGAAGGAGGAGGGGGAUGCCUCACUCAGCCAGAUCUUAAGCCUGCUGGGUUUAGAGGUGCAGCACUUGCAACUCCCUAUUUCUCAGCCCCACACCACUGAAAAAGGAGUCCACACUGAAAACUGAGAAGGGGGUUCAUUGUGAGCAGCACUCAGGUUUCAUUCAUGACAAGACUGGGUGGGAACAGGAUUUCUUAAAACCCCUCACUUCCCCCGCUGAAAGGCAGCCAAGGACUAUUAGGGAUAGUCCCUGCUCACUCUGGACUCAGUCUGGCUCAGGAUUGUGUAGAGUCAGAGAAAAUCAGGGCUGGAAAGCACUUCAUCUGGUCCAAGCCCCAACCUGAGUGUCAGCUACAAUCCUAACAGGAGGUCACCUCAUUUCAAAGGCAGUGUUUCAUUUAAGAAACUGAAAGCCUGGAGUCAGUUCAGCUUCUUUCUUUUAAACACAAAACGUAAACAUGCCCAGUAAAGUGCCUGUGACAUGCCACUGCCUUCCCCCACUCCAAUAGUUGGAGAGCUUGCCCAGCUCAGAGAGAGCAAGCAGACCCGUGCAAGCAAUUUGGUGUGUGCUCAGAGCCACCUGUUGGUUGAGGGGAAGGUUUCAACACAGCAAUUAUUCUGUAUUCCCAUGGGUUUGGCUCCCAUCAAGGGUUACUUUGAAGUGCAGUUCCUUCAUCUAGAGCCUGGUCCAUAUGCUUUCACACAAAGGAUUUUUCUUUCUUACAAAGACUUAAAUCUCAGAGGUAAUUCUCAAUAUAGCCCCCUACUUCAGAGUUCAGUCAUUUUAAAGCCAUAGAAAGAUAGCACAACAAACCCAUUUUCCCCCUGAGUUACCAGUAACUUGUUAAGAUUAAUACCACUACUAAAAGAACUAAGACAGGUGUUCAAGACUUUUGCUCUGCAUUUAUAAAACUUUUCUUUUCUCUGACCUUAGGCAAUGAAAGGAAAGCGCUGGGCUUCAGUUUCAAUAACUCUGCAUGCUCAGAAACUGAAGGGAAGAUUCGCUCAUCUCUUCUCCUAGCUAAACACAGAAAACAGACUUGAAAUAGUAAAAAGAUGGUUGUAACCAUAUAAGAUUUUGCAAUUUGUGAAGGCUGUGGUCUGGUGUACAAGCAAUUUGUACUGAGGUAGCACAAAGUUGUCUGAGUCGGGGAUGAGGACUCCCACCAGUCUUGAUGGUGUGGUAUUAACAGAGAUGAAAGUUGCAAUAUAUGUUCAAAUAGAAUUAUUAUGAUCAUUUUUUUGCCCCUAGAACUAAAAGCCUACAGAAGAUCCUACUUAGAGAGCAAUAAAACUAACAUUUUUCUCUUGGGUAUAGUAGAGAUACUAUUUUCUUUUCUGGAACAAGAGUGGCCAUAGCAUGUUAUUUUACGUUAUCCAAAUUAAACAAACAAAUAAAUAAAAAGACCUGUACUUUAAAAGCUGAAUGUUUGGAAAACACAUUAAGCCAGUUCUUCUCAGGGUGGCAUUUCCCAAUUAAUUUGCAAGACCUAUUCACACUUUUCAUAUGCAUGGUGCCUACAACCUGCAAAUUAAUGCUUGUUUAUGUAAAGUUAUGCAAAUUUACCUGAUAGUUGGAAAUGUAAAAAAACUUAUUCAGUUAGACUGUAACCCUUUUCAGGAUUGCUAAUAAUGUAUUAAGAGCAUGGUGUGUUUGCAUAUUGCUUUCAACUGCUGCAUUCAAAUUAAAAGCAUUAU